AUGGCUACCCCACUCAAAAAUCAAGUUCAUGGUCAAAUUACAAUCAAAGGUGAACAAGAAAAUUUUCAUGGUGAUGAAAUUCUUUAUAUUUCUGUUCGUGAUUCACUUCGACAUGAUGCCGAAUGUAUUGAAUUAGGUUCAAUUAGUAUAAAUCUUUAUAAUGGACAAAGAUUACCCAUUUAUUAUCAAUGUUCAUAUGAACCAAAGAGAGCACAUAUGAAUUUCGAUCAAAUUAAAUCAAUUCCAGGUGGAAUAACACUAUCAGCGAGUAUUGAACGAAAUGAUAAAUUAUUAUAUGUAAAUGAUACAGAUAUUUCAUUAGCGGAAGACGUUGAUAUUGAACUAGUUAAAGUUGAAUGA